GCUGUUUUUGGCGAAGGCGUUCUUUUUAGUUCUGCAAAUAUUUAUAAUUUAAUAAUUUAGCUGUUUACUGCCAACAUUCCUUAGCCAUGCUAACCAUUGGCACCUUGGCGAAUAUUAAGCACAUACUGCAGAAAGAGCUCUUCAAUGGGACCAGCAGCGGCGAACGGUUGCUCUCAGUGGUGACGGUGACGAAGACUUUUAAAAAGAAAGAUAAGCGAGCUUGCUACCUCUGUGUGGUGACCACAGAGCCGCCCGUGCCUAUGGUGACGCUGUGCCUGGUGAAGCAAUCGGAGCAGAGAGACAGUGAGUACAAGCGUAAACGCAGCUGGCAGCUGGACGAGAUCAAGUGGGUGGAUGGACGCAAUGAGCAGUUCGAAACGCACGAAUUUGAUAUACAGCUGGAAAAACUAUACAAGUGGUAUGCGCUUAAUCUGCAUGAGCGUCAGAACUUCCUGGCGGUGCUCAAUAGACAAAUACAAAAGUAUGUGCGAGGGCAGCGUGCAGAGUUUCGUAAUGUACCUAGCGCUUGGCUAACAGAGAAGUCGCCGGAGAAGGUUAUGGCAACGCGUGCAGGUGCGGGACAGCUGGCGGCAAAGGCAGCACAAACAGAUGAUGAGGAUGAUGAAGAAGAAGCGCAGGAGUUUACUGCACUAACCGAUAAGGAGGCCAACGAGCUGGGCAAGCUGUUCUCUACGUGUGAUUUUGCCAUCAAAGAUGCAGAGCAGUUUAUAGAGCAGUUGUCCAGGGAAUUGCACGAUCUAGAUGGCGCCAAUAUGCAAAGCGUUUUAACUUCGGAACAGCAGGUGCUUAAAAUGAUGGAGCAUAUAGACAAGGCCAUUAGCGAGGCAGACAAGUUUGAAACGCGUCUGGAUAGCUAUGAGGAUAUUUUGGGUCAUGUGAAGGAAACAAUGGAAAAGAUUGGCGGAAAGAAUGCCAUGAUUGAAAUUGCCAACAAUAAUAAUAUACAGCUAAUGAAGGAGCUGAACAAAGUUAUAAGCCAACUGGACUUGCCGCAUAGCCAGCAGCAAGCGCUUGACGAUCCGGAUCUCAAGACAUCGCAAGGCCGCAAGGCAGCCAUUGCAGCAGCUCAAUGCCUGCAGCAGGCUAUGAAUAGCGACAUAGAUCCAGCGCUGUUGCGUCUGGAGGCUGUGCAGGAUCAGCGCAAGCGCUUUGAAAAAUGGAAACAAAAGUUCUCCGCGACUGUGAGUCGCUUUAUGAACAAUCUAUUUAUACAUCUGGGCAAUGAGAUUGGCGACCAGCCCACUAGCAUGGAACUAGCGCUGCCGAAUCAUUCAAACGUGCAUCGUGAGCUGACGCCAUAUACGGAGCUAAUGCACUGGGCUAAGGCCAUGGAUCGCAAGACCUACGAUGGACUUAUGCGUGUCUAUACCGCAUCGCUCAGCAAGAUCUAUGAGCGUGAUGUUAAAAACUUUUUCAAUCUAGCCAAGCUGCAAGUUUCUGAGAAGCUGCGCAGCUCACGUGAAGAUCUGGACAUGUCUACAUCGUCACGCAAGUCUGCUGUUUCCAGCAUUCCCUAUGGCACGCUAGGCAUCAAUCGUGAUCAGUGGGGCGCUGGUGUAGAUGCCGCUGAUCGCUUGCGGUUUGACGCCUUGCUGGAGAAAGUGCUGGCGGAGCUGGAACCCAUUGCCUUACAGGAACAGUUGUUCUGCAUAAAUUUCUUUCAAAUGGAUGUGCUGAGUCCCACAACGAAAAAUACACAAACUACACUAGAAGUGGAUAAGGAUAAGCCUGUGGAUAUGACGCAGUCUUUUAAUGCUUCCAUGGGUUCGCCCAGCAGCGAGCCACAAAAGCGCAUCGAUCGGCAGAUAAAUGAGGAGGUGCGCAAGCUGAUGAUGGGACUCUUUGGCUGCCUGGAGCCGGAGCUGGUGAGCUUCAUCCAAAGCUUUGAGCGUGUGGAUAGCUUUUACUCACUCUAUGUGCUGGUGCGUCUGACGCAGCACGUUAUGUCCGCGCAGGAUACACAUUCCUUUCUCAGCAUGACCUUUGCCUCGGCCUUGGUGCAGGUUAAGCGCAACUUUGAUCGCUUUAUGCAACAGCAGCUGCAGUCCAUCAAGGAGGCCAAGCUGCAUAAGCGCUCCAAGGCCAUACUGCCCUAUGUGGAGAACUUUGAGCACUUUGCGCAAACAGCCGAAGGCAUAUUUCGCAAGUCGGAUAGACGCACGGAUAUGGAGAAGUGGUAUUUGCAGCUGGUGAAUGCCAUUUUUGAGGGCGUUACCUUGCACUCGCAGGAGCAUCCAAAGACGCCAUCGCAGGUGGUGCGCAUGGAGAACUAUCAUCAUAUGUAUGCGCUCUUGGCACAGCUCAAAGUGCCAGGUUUGGAUGCGCUCAAAAAGGAGGCCAAGACACGUUACAACGAUGCGCUCAAAGCCUAUGUGACGCAAUAUUUUGGUCGCCCGCUCGAGAAACUCAAUCAAUUCUUUGAGGGCGUGCAGCAGAAGGUGGCGCAGGGCGUCAAGGAAACCGAGAUUAGCUAUCAAAUGGCUUUCUCCAAGCAGGAGCUGCGCAAGGUCAUCAGCCAGUAUCCAGCGCGUGAGGUUAAGAAGGGUCUCGAGAAUCUCUACAAGAAAGUGGACAAGCAUCUGAGCGAGGAAGAGAAUCUGCUGCAGGUUGUUUGGCAUGCCAUGCAGGAGGAGUUCAUAGCCCAGUACAAUUACCUAGAGGAGCGUAUACAGAAAUGUUAUGCCGGCGCCAUGAUUAAUCUCGAGUUUAAUAUACAAGACAUACUCGCCUUUUUCUCAGACAUUGCGCGCUCUCACUGAUUGUGAGAGUGAUGCCUGGAGAGACACAUAUUUACUUUUAAGUGCAAUAGUAUUUAACGCGUUUGUUGCUUUUUUAUUGGUAUUGAGAGAGAAGAAGAAGAAGAAAAUAUACGCGC